AGUAAACAUGACAGAUAACGUUGCAUUUCACAGUCGAUCGCUUUCAGAAACCAAACAAAAGAAAAUUUGCACCAAAAUUCCCAAAAGUUUACAAAGUCCUGUUUGUUUUGUCAGUUUUACUACUAAGUUUACGGUGCAACCUUUGCUGGAAGGUCUUAGUUGCGAAGCGAAAAUAUUAUGCAUACGGUGGUAGUAGAAAACGUGAGCUGAUUCGAAUCGACAAGCAAGGGCUGAUAACAAUUCCAUACUUCAUCAAAAAUAUGAGGUAAUUUUUCGCAUUGGGGACAAACAAUGAAAAUGUUCGACCGACCCAGAUGUCGCGAUUGGAGUCCUCUGUCUACUCAGCAACUUCGCCUACGUAGUUUGAUACAAAUUUCCGGGCACAACAUCGUAUGCGACCGCCCGAAAUGCACGGUGUAUUUCACCCUACAUACGACGACAAUGUCCGCUCCGUUCUACACCAGCGAAAAACUGGACAUCCAUAGUAACAUCAUAUGGCCGGAGAUAAACUGUCCAAUGACGGUGAAAUCCUCGUUGCGUUGCGUUUGUGUCCGUGUGUGGCAGCAUAACACUAGAAGCCAGGACGAGGCAGGAGCCUGUUUAGAGAAUGAAGAUAAACUGUUGUUCCUUUGGGGCGUGUACUUUUCUGGCCUGGUUCCGUUGGCAAGGCGAAGCGAGAAGCGACUCAAAGAAAACACCCUAGUUUUUCAAAUGCACGGUGGUUAUUUUACAUCGGCCGAGUACAUUCUGGACGGCGAGGAAGAGAACCGGUCCGCUUCGGUGGCUCCGGCGAAAACACCAACGGCCAACAGUGAUGGCACCCAGUUAGGCUUACUACCGGCCGUCAACAAUGAUCCGCUCUGUGAUAAUAGCAGUAGUUCCCCUAGUUGGUAUUCUCCUAGUAGUGCGUUAAACGUGGAAUGCAAAAUAUCCAAAAUUGGAGGUGGCUUAUCCUCAACCUUAUCCUUGGGACAACAGUUGCGCUCCAGCUCUCCAGACGAACAGUCGCUUUUCAUAGUUCGAACCACGGUUAGCCCGACUCCAACGGAGGUCGAAACAAACCUGAAAAUUCGAUAUCUUUUCAUGGAAUUCUUCAAAGCGGAAGUCAGACCUAGCUAUAACAUACAGCGGCUUCUCGCAGUGCAAGAGCGUCAACGCCGGAUACGAUACGAGAGCGAAAGCGCAAAAGAAUUAACCGACCGGAUCUGCAUGAAAUCUGCGUACUGUCUUAACUUGGAACUAUUUUCUGACAAGCAGUUGGUUUACCGCUCCUCCCUCAGUUCCCAGCAAAACCGGAGUGGCAUGGGCAAACAGCUGAGCCGCUUGCUCUACCAAGAAAAAGAGCCUAUCAAACCGGAAAUACUACUAAAAGCGCAAGAGCUCCGAAGACAGAUCGAGCGAGCCCGAUUCCGGUGCCGGAUAUUGGCCCAGGAGAAGGAACGCCUUAGGGGCAGCAUACGACAGCUGCAGCAGAAGCUGAACCAAAUGAUCGAUGCUAAUAUCGAAACGGAAUCGACACUGAUGGAAAGCUAUCGGAACUAUGGCAAAGAAAAAGAGGUUCUAUAUCAACAGAAACUAGCGUAUGCCAACGAAAAAGAGUGCUAUCAGGAGUUACGGGAAAAGGUGCUGAUUGCUCGACAUAGGCUAUUGAGAGGCCUCAACGAAAUCUACUGUAUAACUAAGAACAAUAAUGGAACUUGUACAGUUAACGACAUUGCUCUGCCUAAUGCUGAGUCGUAUACGGACGCAACUCCGGCGCUGGCACUGAGCGUUGCUUUGGGCUAUGUUGCACAUGCUGUGAUGAUGUGUUCUUCAAUAUUGAAUAUUCCACUACGGAAUCCUAUAAAAUACGAAGGAUCACGAUCGAAAAUGGUCGACUGCAUCAAAGUUCUACCAACGGCUGAUCGAGAGUUCCCACUGUACAGUCGGUCGGGCCCUCCGACUAACGCUCUGCUCUACGCGGUGUUCCUCCUCAAUCAGAACAUUUCACAGUUGAAGUACUAUCUGUGCCUGAGCCGUGGAGAUCCCCGUGCAACGUUGGCAAACCUGUACGACAUUCUCAAUGUUCCGUCGAUUAACGUUUUGGGCCGCAGCAUCGAGGAACCCUUCCAGGCUGUCCCAACGAACAUAUCCGGCUCAUCUUCGGUGAACUUGGACGUACCGGAUGCUUUCAAUCAGCUUUCGGUCACCGAUUUGAAAGAAACCAAAUCUAGUACUAGAAUAUCCCGUUCGGUUGAUACGUAUAGCGAUUCAAGUAGAGAGGACGAAAAAAGGAACGGUAAAUUCGCUUCGGACCCCAUUUUAGCACAGGGACAGCUGCAAGUGACCGGUUUCGAGAAGAAGAAAAAUAUUUAAAUCGGCUGCCCGGCCUUAAAGAAAAUGUAGUUUGACAAUUGUGAAUUCAAUUUCUGUGUAUCACGUAAACAACUGUUGGCGAAUUUAUUUAUUGGACUUAUUUAUUGAAAAUUUUGCAUUCGAAAUUCUCGGUUAAAUAUGUAAAUGUGUUAGUUAUAGCGGGACAGUUGAAUAUAAGUAGUUCAAAAAGUAUAAAUAA